AUGGCGCCGAAAACCAAUCCGAACAUAGAUGUCACCAUGCAGGAUUUAGAGUGUGAUACCAUUCAGCACAAGGGCGACAGCAAAGGGGAGGUGGCAGUUACCGAAGCCCCAGCGAAUAAUGGGCAGCCCGGCGUGAGCAGCGUUGAAGCCUUCAACCGUGUUCUGUAUCACUCAGGAAAACGGGGAAAGGUGCUGCUCAUAACCCUGGUGUUCUCGAUCGGCCUCACUAUGUUUGCAUAUGCCUUGGAUCAGGGAAUCACUUCCCAGUUCAACACCAUGGCGACGUCCUCGUUUUCGAUGCAUGCAGAACUUGGAGCAGUGAAUACCGCGAGUCAGAUCAUUCGCGCCAUUUCGAAGCCUUUCAUCGGAAAGCUUGCGGAUAUCACUUCCAGACCCACAACCUACCUGGUAGUGCUUGUUUUCUACGCCAUUGGCUUUGCAGUCGCUGCUAGCUGUACAAACCUCGCCGCAUACACUGUUGGGAUAUGCUUUACGGCAUUUGGUAAAUCUGGGCUGGAUCUUCUCAGUGACAUUAUCGUCGGUGACUUGACAACACUCCAGUGGCGAGCCUUCUGGGGUGGUAUGCUAAGCACUCCAUUUUUGGUCACUACCUUUGUCAAUGGAUUUAUUGCCGAAAGCUUUAUUCCCGACAAGUGGAGAUGGGGCCUGGGAAUGUUUGCAAUCAUGGUUCCAGUACUCCUCAUCCCCGCGAUCUGGAAUCUCUACGGAAUGCAACAUAAAGCCAAGAAUGCUGGCAUGAUCAGUAUGGGAGACAGCGGAAUUGCUCGCAAAGGUGGUGAGAAAGUCCACGGAGCCUCGGCAUAUGCCAGCCUAGCAUGGAGUGGCAUUAUUGAGAUUGAUCUUGCUGGGUUAGUCCUUCUGGGUCUUGCUUUCUCUCUCAUUCUUCUCCCCUUCACCCUAGCUCAAUCUGCCAAAGGUGGCUGGAGCAAUGCUAGCAUGAUCGCUAUGUUGGUGUGCGGGAUUGUCGUCUUGAUAAUGUUCGGAAUAUUCGAAGUUUGGUUUGCGCCAAAGCCAAUCAUGCCUCGUCGAAUUCUCAAAAACAAGGCGUUUCUUGCUGCUGUCAUGGUGGACAUCUUCAACCAAAUGGCCAGUGCGACAAGGAACAACUAUUUUUCAUCUUAUAUCUACAUCAUCAAACCUUGGUCUAACUAUGUGUGGACUGUGUUCCUGGGCACUACGACUUUGUGUCUCUGUCUGUUCAGCCCUUUGGGUGGCCUGCUUCACGCCAAAACCCACCGGUACAAGACCUUAAUGGUUACGGGUGCCGUGCUCAAACUGAUUGGAUAUGCCAUCCUCAUGGCCGAUCACAGCCGUAGUACCAUGAAAACGGGCGCCCUUGUUGCUUCUCAAAUUCUCCUCGGAACCGGAGCUUUGACGGUUAUUGGCGCCCGAGUUGGCUCACAGGCUUCUGUGCCACACGAAGACAUGGCCACUGUCAUCUCAAAUUUGUCUUUGUGGAGUACACUGGGAAGCUCAGUCGGGUACACAGUUGCCUCCUCUAUUUGGACCGAGAAAAUGCUUCCCUACAUGAGAGAUGAAUGCCCUGCCGGUACUUCCGAGGCUACUUUGAAAAAGAUCUAUGGAUCGAUCAAAGUACUCCGCACGAAGUAUGAAUGGGAUGAUCCGAUUCGCCAGGGCGCUAUCCGAGCAUACACUAGGACUAAUGGGGUCAUCUUUAUCGUCGCAACCCUUCUUGCUGUGAUCCCGGUCGUGUUUUCUCUGAUGAUGCCAGACUAUUAUCUUGGAAAACAACAGAACGCAGUAACCAACACUGGCCUUGAUGGUGAACCUGUUGACGUUCCCCAGAGAGAAGAAGCGCGUAACCAUGGCGGGAUUUGGAACUCUAUCAAGAACGCCUACUACAAAGACCGUUGA